AUGGCCACACACAAUCUUUACAGUAAUCCAUUAUCAUCCACUGUCAAUGGGGAUAGCACUGAAAAUGAUGAACUAAUUGCACGUUUAUUUCAGGAAAAUUUGAAUGAUCAUGUAUUGAAGGAUUCGCUAAAUAUUAACAAACCAAAACAAUUAAAAAAGAAUAGUAUUAUUGACAUAGAAAAAUUUCAAGAAGUACUAAAAAAUGUUAAAUCGUGUGAAUAUCGGACGUCAGCAGUUGAAGCUACACGGCAUGAUGAUCGAUUAGAACAAAAGCAAGAAGAAACAUUUUCAAAGAAAACGCACAAUCAGCAAUUGUAUGACGAUGGUGACCUAGCAUAUUUAUUACAAAUCGAAGAAAUUUUAAAAACUGAAGAUAAAAAAAAUCAAAAAAAUGGAUUACUAAGGCAAGCCAAGAAUUUUGUUAGUUUUUUUAAGUCUUCUGUCAUUUAUCUAUUUUUUUUUAGUGAUAUGGAACGAAACAAAGUUGCAAUGGAAGAAACAUAUUCGUCAGUUGUACAAACGUUACAAAUGGAUGGAAAUGUAAAUACACUUAUAGGACGAAUAAACGGUAUAAUGACAAUUAUUUUCGGGCGUUUUACGAAUUUUCAAAACCAAAAUAAAGCAUUGAUCGAUCAAGUCAAUAAAUUUUCGAAACAUGUCUUUCCUAUUUUGAUCACUGCUGCUGGUACAAAAGCUAAAACUCCAACUUCAAAUCCAGUGAUCUUAUUGCUAGGAUUAGUCAUAGCUGUUGCACGAAGCGAACUAAGUAUUGAUGAUGGAAAGCAAAUAAUGCAAAAUAUUGCAACAAUGUGGACACAAGCAUCAGUGUGGUACGAAUUUUUUGAACAAUUAUUAUAUCUAUUUGUGGCCGUCACAAUGCCGAUGUUUGGACAGACAGCUAUGCAGAAAUUCUUACAGAAAAUAGACACGUACACGAAGAGUGUGACACCAGCAACGGUUCCAGCUAAUACUUAA